AUGGAUGUUCCACGUCCUGAGGAAGGAGACGUCAAUAUAGGUACUGGCACGUUUGAUGCAUGCUGGGUCCUCACUAUCAUUGUGGGAGUCGUUCUGUUGUUUCGGUACGCGGUUAAAGCUUGGAUUCGAUGGGCGUUACCCCAGGUCUCUGUACCGGAGCGAAUCUGGGGCAUUGAAGAUUUAUUUUUUCUGAUCGCUUAUGGGUUUGACUUGACUCAUAUGUCGAUGAUUCAAAUGAGCGCGCAUUGGGGCCUAGGACGACAUUAUUAUUAUCUAUCAGCCCAGGAAAGACUAAAUGCCAUGAAAUGGGAUUUUAUAUCGCAACCUAUCGCAGUCUCUUCUGCUAUGGUGUCCCGCACAGGGAUGAUGUCGUUUUUGAUGACAUGUUUUGCAGCUAGCGAUCGCAGGCUUCGCAUAUCAAUCAUUGCCUGUUUAAUCGUGCAAAUUGCUGCCAACAUGGUUACUGUUGUGCAGAUAAUUGUACAAUGCGGACCAAAUCCAUAUCGUGCUGCUGAUCGCGUUCAGUAUUUUCAUUAUAUGUGGACGCCACUUCCAGAAGAUGGGUCUGUCAAGUGUCAAUCUCCAGAUGUCCAGACCACUGUGGGCUUCGUUCAAGGGGGGUUCAACACGGUUAUUGAUUUCUUCUUGGCUGUUAUGGCUGCAGUAGAACUAUGGCAGUUCUUUCUGCGGACGUUGCACCGCGAUCCCAAUCUAACCUUUUGGUCGCAAUUCCGCAAGAUCAACAGGACUGUUCGCGCCCGUCGAGUCUGGCAGACUGUUACUUUGAGUGGGCCAUUAAUUCUCUCGGGCGCAGCUUCGAUUAUCAAGACAUAUGUAAGCUAUGAUCAGCAUCACCUUGUCUAUUAUGUCCAUGUUGCAUCUAGCAGAGAAGCUAAUCGAGUUGGUCAUCAGAAAUUGAAAUCGCUUGGUGAUCGCCUGGACUUCACUUAUAAUAUUGUUUCGUUUAUACUUUGGGUGAAAAUCGAGAACUAUAGCAUCUUGCUAGCAUCCUGCGCCCCAGUGGCGCGUCUCUUCAUUCGGACUCUAGAUCAAUCUCGCCGCGAUGGUCGUCCAGGAUACUGGUCUCGAUCCACCGACAAUAACAACAGAAGCAACGAUACGGAGCUGAAAAGACGCCCAAAAGACCAAUGGAUGGAUUCUACCGUUACGAAUUGUCAAGACGAGGAAAAUGCGCCCGCAGAUUGGCCUAUGCCCACUGAACGCUCGGAGAGUCGCAUAUCUCGAGCCCAGCAACCAGAUCAUAUAGAUGAUGGAUGCGUCACAGUCAAAACAGAUAUUGUGGUACAGGUUGAUCGUGCACGGCAAGGUCGCCCACUAUCCAAUUCGUCGGGAGGGACACUAUUGUUGACCGAGGAAGGCGACACAGUUCAUGAAUCGAAUUAUCGGUGA